GAACGCUCGCAGUAUUCCCACCAUCUUUUGUUGCAAUCGACUAGAUUGGGAUCUCGUUGGCCGACCCGGGAACACCGAUUGCUUGGGUAGAUGUCACGGCUCAGAGGUGCCCUAAAGCAUCGGCAUCGGGGGGGAAUCCUUCAGGCAGCGCGGCUUGCGGUAGUUUUACAAUGCAGUGCAGUACCGGUACCGUACUCUAGUACAGGUACAAUACCGGUAUGAUAUUUGAACACGAGUGCUUCCAUACCGAAAUAGCCACGGAUAGAGAGAAUUCGAAUCCGAUUCAUCUCCCUGAGCCAUGGACUCCCACUAGACCGAUGCUCUGAACAAAAUUUGGCCCCAACCCGACGUUCACGGCACCCCGGUGCUGCUAUGAUACUGUACUCGCCAAAGCACCCAACGUACCCGUGCCUUAUGAUACCCUUCGCAACAGCCGCCACAACUGCUAACCCCGUCCUCUAUCUCUCAAAGCUCUACCGGUAUCAUACAUCACCCCCCUUCCUCCACGCAACACGCAGCCACCAUCAAACGGUCCACAAGCUUCUCCCCAAUCACCUUCUCGUCCGAAUCGCCCACUCCGUCAUGUCGACCACGGCCCCGGCCCCAACCCCAACCCCACCCCUAUCCCUUCCAACCUCUUCCUCCAAUUCCACAACCGCAGCAACAUCUUUAUCAGGGCUAUCACCAAACAGCACUUACACGCCACGAUACAUAGACGUAGGAAUCAAUCUCACAUCCUCAGUGUUCCACGGGAGUGACCACGGCAAGCAGGUUUGUCCUCCCCCCACUACAAAAUUGCUCCCCGACUAACGACAUCAAAGUACCACGAGGAUGACCUAGAAGACGUACUCCAUAGGGCAAAAGAAGCCGGCUGCCAAAAGUUAAUGGUGACAGGUUCUUGUUACGAUGAGAGCAAGAGUGGAUACGAGCUCGCCCGGCAACACCGUACCUACUCCGCCCUUUUCAUAUCCCAUACCUCAACUAACUCAAUCUCAGCCGGCCUGAUCUACAGCACCGUAGGCGUCCACCCCUGCAGCGUCAAGCUUAUCGACUCCCACCCCUCCGGCCCAGAAGCCUACCUCUCCUCCCUCCGCACCCUGGCCCAAGAAGGUGCAUCAUCCGGGUACGUAACCGCCUUCGGUGAGAUCGGCCUCGACUACGACCGCCUCUACCACGCAUCCAAGGAGGACCAAAAGAAGUAUUUCGUCCUGCAGCUCGACCUAGCAGAGGAAAUUUGCCUGCCUCUGUUUCUCCAUUCCCGGGCCGCGGCGGCGGACUUUGAGGAUAUACUAUUCCCGAGACUACCCAGACUAAAGGGCGGGCUCGUACAUAGCUUUACCGGCACGGUAGAUGAGAUGCGUAGGCUUGUUAGCGCGGGACUGUAUAUUGGCGUUAAUGGGUGCAGUUUGAAAACUGAGAAGAAUUUGGAGGUUGUGAAGCAGAUUCCCUUAGAGAGGUUGAUGCUUGAGACCGAUGUAUAUCCUCCUCCCCUCUUCCUCCUCUCCCAUCGGAGGAGGAUAGUUGACGGUGAAGUAACCAAGCUUGGCUAGGGACCGUGGUGCGAGAUUCGACCUUCGCACGCUUCUUACAAGCUUUUGAACAAAGACGAAUGCCCACCAAUCCCAAAACAGGUCCGCCGCGAUAGGUUCAAGAAGGGCCUCAUGGUUAAGGGCCGGAACGAGCCUUGCAAUAUCCCGCACGUGGCAUACAUCGUUGCGGCAGUCAAGGGGGCCCCACUAAAGGAAGUUUGCGAAGCUGCAUGGAAGAAUACCCUAGAUUUGUUUGGCAUGGACAAAACGGCAUAAGCCAAGUUUUUGUUUUGCGCCGACGCUAGAUUGUAAUGGGCGCUUCGUUGUACGGGUAUUGGCGUUUAAGAGAGUCAUCACUAGAACUUUCUUCUCUCUAGCUCGAACAGGCACGCACAUCUACGCGCGCGAGUAGCCAACAAGAGCAUCGCAAAUCCCUUUAAUCGCACAAAAUCACUUUCUCCGCAAACCCUGUACAAUCUGAUAUACGGAAUAUACCGCUGCGGUACCCGAAAAUUGUAAAACAAAUUUAUCCCACAAAA